UGUGGCGAGCACGCGUUCACUGCGCUUAAAAACUUCGCGACUUCAGAAGUUGUAAGCUCGGCAAUUCUGGCCACUUCGACCGCAGUUGGAAGAAGUUAAUUUCAAAAAUGGAAUGUUUCAGUGUUUGACAGUGACAAUGUUUUUCUUUUAUUAACCUAGGAGGGUUCCCUGCGGAGUUAGCAAUCUAAAGUUGCCAGAAGAGCUCGACGAUGACGCGCGCAGUAUGGAGGUGAAGAAACAUGACAAGCCCGGCAGCUUGUCGCCAGUGAGGCCGAAGAGGGACAGCGACGACAAGAGCUCUCGCUCCAGCAGCAAGUCGGAGAAGGAGCUCAAACUACCCCCAGAAAAGGAGCUCAAACUGCCCCCAGAGAAGUCGCCAAGUGAGGACGGGCGCCGGGAGCGACGCCUAUCACGUGCUAGCGAGAGCUCAAAGGACACUUUUGACAGACAAGACUCCAAAGUCAGUUCACUAACGAGUCCGAAAGUAUCACGCAAGUACUUCACAAACUGGCGGCAAGCAUGUGACAAGACGAAGGACAAGACGAAAGAGCUACUGAAGCGUUGGCGAACCCUCCCGGAGGCAGAAGCGGCAGAGGGGCAGAUGCAAGAGGCGGGCAACAGCGACGACAAGAAAAACCACGGCUGGAGCGUCCAUGUCUGGACAACAUGGGUGAACCGCUGCAGCGAAGACCUGGAAUGUCUAGACCUGGAGGAGGAGCAGCCGCUCGCUCAGCUCAGCUCGGUGCAGACGGACAAACUCACGCUGUUCUUCGCGGAGUUACUGGACCACGACCGCGAUGACGUCAUCUGCGAGGAGGACUUCGACCAGUUCUUCGAGAGGCUGUCCCACUUCGCGGACUGGUCGCCCAACUCGUCCGAGUUCCACAUCCUCCUCGAGGUCAAGCAAGAGUUCAUAGAGUACUUCAUAAAUCCGCUGCCCGCCAAGUGGGCGGAAUUACCCUACUACCGGCGCGUGUGUGGCCCCGAAGCGAGCGGGAUCAACAUCCCUGGAAGAACGACGCUUGAGGGAUGGCUGGCAAGAUGGGCCUUAUACCUGAGCGAAGCUAAGCGCUUCACAGACCUGCCUUUGUACCUGCAGUACCUUUGCAAGAUUUUAUUUCACGUUGUUGACAGAGAUGGCACGGGCGCGAUAACGAAGCCGGCGCUCGCUGCAUUCUACCGCUCCGUGAUCGGGCUCAGCGGGCCGAGGGUUGAUGAGAUCAUCGACACGGCUUACGACCGGAUGACCAGUAACGACUACCUUAUCCUGGACUACGGGACAUACGUCCACUGUUUCACCAACUGGCUGAUGGGGAAGAACCCCAACGGCCCCGGACAAUGGGUCCUCGUCCCCCCAAAGGACUCCCUCCCCCAACCCCCCUUUCCCGUCGACUACAGCGCCCUCAACACCGAGCCAGCGAAAUUAGAACCUUAUGCACCUGACAAAAAGACUAACAGACAUUCUGUAAUAGUUUAACUAGCACUAAACUUAAAUUAAGGGCUUUAAAAAUGCAAUUGAAGUAAGUCAAUUCACGAAAAGAUACGUAAGAGAUUUAAAUUUGAAACUAGGGAUUAAGCCUUUUCGUUUUCCAAUAACAAAAUCAUAAUCGUCAUAUAAAGGGCUGUUUAAAUAAUUUUUAAAACAAAUAAUAGUAUUAACAAGUCCUGUGUAAUAUAAAUGGAAAGUUCGAGAUAUGCCUAAAACAUUGUUUAGUCUCAAUUUUGAGAUAACUAUUUAGAAUGUGAUUAAUAGUUGUAAAUUGUAAGCAAUUAACUACAAGUAUUUAUUUUUAUAAUUUAAGUAUACUUAUCGCUUGAACCUUCAAUGAAACGCUUUAACUACCUUGAGUACUUUUGUACCUUGCGUACCUUUGUACCUUGUACCUGAAUCUUUAGUAAUUGCUGACACGGCAUACCUUUUAAUUUGGUCGUAUUACUCACUUUUAU